AUGACGUCUCUCGACCCAACGUCCAUCCUCUCCACCCUCCAAACUUGGUCCACAAACCUAAAAUCCAACCUCUCUAACUCCGUCACCUCCCUGACACUCCGCGACUAUAUCCGCCUAAUCUGGAUAAUAGGUGGCUAUCUGUUUCUACGUCCGUAUCUAGAUUCUGGCUUCCGCAAACUCUUCACAUCAAACAUGGAUAAAUCCGACGCAGAGGAAAAGGCGCAAGAGCAGGCAGAGGCCGCUGCUGUCGGAAGUGUUGGAGCCCGAGCAAAGCUGUCUGCAAAUGCGUUGAGGGGAGCGCUGGGUGACAAUAGUGAGAGCAAUGACGAGGAGGAUGGGAAGGGUGAAACGACGGGUGUGCCGCAGUGGGGAAAGAGUGCGCGGAGAAGGCAAAGGAGGGUGUUGAGACAACUUGAGGAGGCGGCAUUGAGGCAUAAGGAGGAGGAAGAUGACAAGGAUAUUGCGGAUUUACUCGAGGAUUGA